CCCAGCUGCAGGCCUCGGACAUCAGUGUGUUAGCAGCUAGGCAGGGCUGUCUUUUACCUGUGCUGUCGACGUGAUUAUUGCACAGGACAGCCUACAUGACUUCAAUUUGAAAUACUGACAUUUAUCUCUCGGUCUCUCGCUGUGACUGAAUUGCCCGCCUGCUACCUCCGUGAUCGUUUUAAAGGAUUUGAAGGAUGAUGGCUCUUCCUCUCGAGAUACGCGUUUUUAUCUUGUCUCUGGCGGCACCGUUUGUACUUUACACAGCGAAUAAUAUCUCUUCAUUGCUAACGCCGCUGGCUAUACUGGGACUUGAAGGAGCUAUUCUUAUUACUGUUUUCUUCAUGGCCUACCUGUGUGUUCGAAAUGAAAAGACAGUGGAUCCUCUCUUCUACGUUUUUGCAGUGUUUUCUUUCACCUCUGUUGCUGACCUCACGACUGCCCUUGAGCAGGAUGGCCAUAUCAAAGGCUUUAUGGCUUUCUACAUUAAUAAGGGUGAGCCGUACUUAAGCACAGCCUAUUGCAUCAUGAUGAACUACUGGAACGGAGUGGUGCACUUUGUCCUUCUCCUCAUGAUUGUCCACUGCAUGCGGAAAGGGACACCGUAUCGGAGUAUUGCUCUACUUUGGGCUGGCUCCAUGAUAGCCACUCAGAUCGUGUUCAUCCCAGGCAUUGUCAUAGGAAAACAUGCCAAGUCCAUCUAUCCAGCCUUUUGGCGCAAUAUCCUUUUCUUGGUUCUGCCCGUAUGGGCAGCUGCGAAGCUUUACAACAGGCCGAGGGAGCUGCCAAUCAUUCCGGCAGACAAGGUUGAGGAGGAGCAGAAGAAAGGACUAUUAUCUCGUCCCAAAGAACUUCUCCUCACACUCUGUCUGCUAGGAGCCAUGGCCUUCACUGUUUUCAGAGGUUUUGUUGUUCUUGAGUGUGCAUUGGAUAUCUGUUUCACCUACAUUUACCAGUACGAGCCCUACCUGAAGGACAAUGUAGCCUUCUCCAAAGUUAUGAUGUUGGUCAUCCUCUUCUAUGCAUUACCCAUGCUAACGGCGUGCGUCUAUGGGCUGAAUAUUCCGGGGUGCAUAUGGAUGCUGGACUGGACUUUGCUCCUUGCAGGGGCCAUAGCUCAGACUCAGUGGGCCCACAUUGGCGCGUCAGUGCACUCCCGAACCCCCUUCACGUACCGCAUCCCUAAAGACGAGUGGAGGCUGGUCAUGACGCUUAAUGUGCUGUUCAUGGCUGUUCCUCUGCUGCUGGCUCUGCACGUGUACAGACGGCCAGCCUUCUUCAUGAAGACAGUGCCACCAGGACAAGCCAACAAUGACAAAAAGCGAAAGUAGACACGGUACAUGUGCAGAAACCACUGUCCAGGCCACACAAAGUCUUGUGAAUUUACGGACCCAAACACCAGUGACAGCAAGGCCUUGGUGGCCACAUUUUGAAAGGACAAAAUAAUUUUUCCUAACAGGUGCCUCACAUGGAUCCCGCGUGGUUAGAAACAAGAAAGUACUGUAAGAUACUGAUACUACUGAUUGUGUGAGGGUUCUGGAGAGGGUAGAUCAUGCCUUCACAUCGAUCCUUCUAUUAGUAAGUGCUAAAACCGCACCCUUAUUGGGUUUUUCCAGGCACACAAAGUUGAUGAAACUUGCCUCUUGCCUCCUCCCAAGUGCUUCUUGUCUCAGACUAUUGGACUCAGAUCAACAUCACUCUUUUGGAGCAAAGCUUAUCUCACUCAUUGAGAAUGAGUCAUUUGAUGAAAUCCAGGCUUAGACAGACUCUGGACUCUGAACACACACGUUUCUGCCCACACAACAUCAAGCGUAGAAUUACUUCAUACUGUUAGUCUUUGAAGACGGUUUACAAAAGGGCAUUGGGUGCUGACUCGCAGUGUCUAUUGCAAAGAUGCCUUAAGAAUCAAGUUUUUCUAACAAACCAUUGUAAUAUACAUAAAGUAGGAUUGUUUCAAAAAAUGCUUUAUCAGUUUUUUUGUUUAAAUUAUCUUUGUUAUGACCUUUUUGUUGUUCUUGCUUGUUUUGUUUGUUAAGAUUUAAAUCAAAUUACUUGGUAUGAGGAUGAAGACAACCAUGAACUAUUUCCGUGAUUAAAAACAAAACUGAACCUUCAGCAUCUGAAAGUGCGAGACCAAA